AUGUCAGCUAAGUCGGCAGCGUUUCCACUUUGUAAAGCGACAGAAGUAUAUAUUAUAUUUGUAGAUAAAUAUAAAACUAUUAAAUCGUCUUCUUUAAAAAUCAUUCAUCUUUUUUCUUCAAGAACACGAUCUCUCUUCCUUAGAAGAAUGGAAGAAGAAGACCGAGCAAGAAAACAAAUCUCUGUUUUGUCUUCAAAAAGAUCCCAAACCGCAAACGCAAACGUAGCUGUCACGGCUUCGUCGGAGGUGGCGUUUAAUGUUUGUUGCUUAUGUGUUUAUUGUCCUCUUUGCGUUCUUUGGUGCUGCAUCAAACAGCCAUGUACGAUUGGAUGGAGAGCCAUCCUAAACGCCAAACGCAAAUUAAGCGGUUGCAGCGGCUGCGGUAGAAGCUUUAGCAGGAGGGUUUUGGCAGCUGAUUAUUCGUCGUUUUCGGAUAUUGAUUCCGAUGAUGUGAAUUGCAAAGCUCAUCAUAAUUGCUCAAAACGUAACCGGUGAUUAUACAAAUUUGUAUUUUCCACAUGCCUUUUUCUCCGAUCUGCUGUUUAAUUUGGUUGUCCUAAACGCGGACGCUAAACGCUGGAGUUGACUUCGUAUUGCUGAGUUUAUGAAAAACCUCGAGAUUGAGCUCUUUUAUUUCGAUGAUUUAGAGUUUAAAGAUGUAUAUAUUUUACUUGGUGAGGAACAAAGUCUUUUUUUAUUUAUUAUUAUUGUCAUCAUCAGUAAGGAAUAAAGUUGUGUGAUGUUGUGCCU